AUCGAAUCGAACGCGCGCGUUAUUCGUUCAUUUUGUUUUUCGAGUUUAAAGUUUGUCAUUUUUUUUAUUUGGUUUUCUUUUGAAAAAUUAGAGUUUGUGUUUCGUUCACGUGGUUCAUAUUUAAAGUUUGAAAAGAAGAAAAAAAGAUGGAAAAUAAAAGUGGUUCAAAAUCAAAUCUAAAUGAAUCAGUUUUACCAUUAUUGGAUGAUGAAAUUCAUAAAGAAAAAAUUGAACUGAAAGAAAAAUCUGAUGAUUCGGAUGAACAAAAACCAACCAAUGAUAAUGAUACAGCCGAUUCAGCAGCAGCUAAAAAGAAAAAAGAAGAAGAAAAAGAACGUAAACGACAGAAAAAAUUGGAAGAAGAAGAACGUAAAAAACAAUUAAAAUUGGAAAAACAAAAACAAAAAGAAGAAGAAAAAGAAAAGAAAAAACAACAAAAAGCUGAAAAACAAGCUGCAAUGGAUUCAGCUAAAGGUACUAAUGGUACAUGUUCGGGUAUCGGUGGUGGUCGUUCAUGUAAUUUCAAUAAUCAUUUGAAUCAAUUUACUGUUGGCCUUAAUCUAUUGGAUCGUGAUGAACGUUCAAUUAAUGAUCAUGUUAAUGUUAGUUUUGAAGAUGUUAUUGGUGAACCGGAUGCAACACAAGGAUUCGAUUCGGCUUAUCAAUUAUCAUUUGGUCUAUUUCAAUUUGUACGUUUUUGGUUGUAUCGUAUAUUGAUGGCAAUCAUUUCAUUACCAUUGGCAUUCAUAUGGGCUUUAGUAUUUGCUUUGCUUUCAUUGAUAUCGGUAUGGAUCGUUACACCGGGUUUUCGUGUUAUGGACAUUAUGUUUUUCUUUAUUCAUCGUAUUUGGUCCUGUUUGGUACGAACAUUUUUGGAUCCAAUAUUAACAAGCAUAGCAUUGGUACGACAAUCCGAUCCAAAAUCCUAUCAUCCAUUACCAAUAAUAACAAAUAGUGGCCGUCCAUUAUCAACAGUAUUUAAAGAUGGUGUUAAAUAUAAUAAAAUUAACAGUAAUGAAACAACAAUGGAAUCAUAUAAAACAUCGAAUAAUGGUGAACAAGAUCCAUCAAGCCCACAAGAACAAGUUACAGUUACAAUUGGUUGAAAUUAUCACGACUAUACAUCACUUCACUUGACUUAUCUCAUUCGCUUCUCUUUACCAUUUUUAUAAUCAUUAUUAUUGACGAAUACAACAAUAACACUCAAUGACCAUACUCA